AUGAAAAAGAAGCCUAUUACCACAGAAAUCAUAAGGAGUAUUUUAGAUAUUCAUGACAAGAAAGAUGCUAAUUUGAAGAAUCUUCGUAUCGCUGCGUUAUGCUCUUUAGCUUUUGCAGGAUUUUUUCGUUACGACGAAUUAUGCAAUAUUGUUCCUAAGCAUAUCGAAUUUCACAGCGAUUAUAUAAGAAUCUUUGUACCUCGUAGUAAGACAGAUGUUUAUAGGGAAGGGAAUUUCGUCUUUAUUAGUGCAUCCAGGUCUAAGUACUGUCCUGUUGGUGUUUUACAACGGUAUUUAGAUUUAUCUGGUAUUGACUUAUGUAGUUCUCUCCCUUUAUUUAGACCGCUUGUUUUUCACCGUAGUAGUUCUAGCUAUACUCUGAGAAGUGGAAAG